AUGUCAACAAACGCAAUUAAUUCAUUUGUUUAUGAUCCAGUGCCAUUUGACCAUACUUACAUACUCUACGAUCCAACUGAUUUAAUCUCAGUAUGCUCGGUUCAUCUUUCUUUGCUACCGAUCUACAUUAUGGUAUUCUAUACAUCGUGGUUUUUAAUUACUAGAGAAAUAGAGCCUGUUAUUAUAGUUGGGGGACACUUAGUAGGAGAAAUCUUGAAUAAGAUCUUUAAGGUAAUACUUAGGCUGCCCCGUCCUGAUUUUCAUAAGGAUUUUGGGUCUGGAUCAUACGGCUUGACCUAUGGUAUGCCAUCUGCACAUUCACAAUUUAUGGGAUUCUUUGCAUCAUACUUUAUUUGCAUUAUUUUGUUCAAAGUACACUUAACUUAUCGUCAAAAGAUAUUGGGAUGUACUGCAUUAUCUUUCAUUUCGCUACUCGUUGCUUUUUCAAGAGUAUAUUUAUUGUACCAUACUAUUCCUCAAGUUAUGGUAGGAUGCUUAAUUGGCACCUUCUUAGGUUUAGUCUAUUCCAUUAUCUCAUCAGUAGUUAGAGAUAUUGGUCUUGUUGAUUGGAUUUUAGGAUGGCCAAUUGUCGAAUUUUUUUAUAUAAAAGAUUCGUAUUAUCACAAUUAUCAAACCUUCAAGCAUGAAUACGACUGUUACCUUAUGAGCAUCGGCACUCUAAAAACUGGAAAUGUCUACAACCAUAAUUAG